AUGGCCGGUGAAUUCGUCCUUCUCACCGGAGCCACUGGCAUGAUCGGCUUCCGGACACUAGUCUUCCUCCUCGAAGCAGGCUACAAGGUCCGCGCCGCCGUCAGGAACCAAGCCGGCUUCGACAGAAUCUCGCAACUCAAGCCCGUCGCUCCAUACGCCGCCCAGCUGAGCAGCAUCAUCGUCCCAGACAUUACUGUCUCGGGAGCCUACGACGAAGCCGUCAAGGACGUCGAGUACAUCGUGCAUGUUGCCUCUCCGCUGGCGAGCAACGCGCCUCCGGGCAUCGACUAUGACAGCUACAUGGUCCAGCCAGCCAUCCACGGCACAGUGGGCAUCCUUGAGUCUGCGAUCAAGGCGACAAGCGUGAAAAGGAUUGUCAUUACCGGGUCCAUCAUGUCUGUAACCACUCCUGCAAUCCUAGGCUCGGGCGAAUACAUUAACGGCAAGUCACUCCUCAAGAUCCGGCACCUCGUGCAUAUCCAGAGGAUCUCAAAGGAAUCACGAGUCCCAACAUCGCAUGGUCCAUUCUCAAACGUCAUGGACGCCUACGCCGCCUCCAAAUCCGCCGCCUUCAACGAAACCAAGCGCUUCGUCGCCGAGAAAUCCCCCCAGUUCGACGUCAUCCACGUCCUCCCCCUCUACGUGAUCGGCCGCGACGAGACCGUCACCACCGCCGAGCAAAUCGUCAAGGGUACCAACAAGAUCCUCAUGGGUCCUCUCCUCGGCACACCACGGCCUCCCAUUCCAGGCGCCCCAGUCCACCUUGACGAUGUCGCCCGCCUUCAUGUUCUCUCGCUGGAUCCAGAGGUGGAGGGUAACCAGGACUUUUUGGCUGGAUCCCAUCCCCUUGAGCCGUUCGACUGGAGGGACUCAAUCGGCAUUAUCAAGAAGCAUUUCCCGCAGGCGGUUGCGGAUGGCUUGUUCAAGUUUGAGGCUGUCGAGCAGCUUGUGACGCAGAAGACGCAGGUGGACACUACCAAGGCGGAGAAGCUGUUUGGAUUCAAGUUUAAGCGGUUUGAGGAGCAGGUUGUCUCCGUGGUGGGCCAUUACCUGGAGCUGCUGGGUAAGAACUAG